AUGAGAAGUGAAAAGAAUUUGUUAACAUAAAAGUUUAUAAUAGGAUUUUUGGAAAGUCCUGAAUUAUAAAUAAAAAGAAAAUAUAAAAAGAUUUAAUAGGUAUGAUAAUUAGAUAUAUAUAGGAUUGGAAAUGA